AAAAAAAACAAUUGCAAUAUUUGUUUCCUUGGUAUCAUUAUUUUACUUUAGCAGUAACUGAAGAAAAGCAACUGUAGGAGGAGAAGGAGGUCCGGCUAUCGGAAUCUAUCUGGGAACCACAUACUCUUGUGUUGGAGUAUGGCAGCCCCAAAAUGAUCGUGUCUAGAUCAUCACCAACGAUUUAGGCAAUCGUACCACACCGUCAUGGGUUGCCUUCACAAAACUCGAGCGUCUUAUAGGUGAAGCUGCCCAGAACCAGGCCGCAAAGAAUCCAACCAAUACCAUUUUCGAUGUGAAGAGGCUGAUAGGUAGAAAUUUUAGUGAUGAAACAGUACAGAAUGACAUGAAGCACUGGCCAUUUAAAGUCAUAGCUGGCCGUGAUGCUGGUAUUGGAGAGAGACCUAUGAUAGCUGUGACUUACAAAGGUGAAGAGAAGCACUUUGCUGUUGAGGAGAUAUCCUCAAUGAUCCUCCAGAAGAUGAGGAAUAUUGCAGAGGCAUACCUUGGCAAACAAGUCAAGGAUGCUGUUAUCAAUGAGCCCACAGCUGCUGCAAUGGCCUAUGGUCUUGAAAAUAAAGGAACGAAAGGUGGUGAUUUUGAUUUGAAGAACAUACUGGUUUUUUAUCUUGGUGGUGGCACUUUUGAUGUUUGUAUUGUCACAAUGGAGGGGGAUGUGUUUGAAGUCCAAGCAGUUAAUGGAGACACUCAUAUUGGUUGAGGGGAUUUCAACAACAGAAUGGUUAGCCACUUUGUAAAGGAGUUCCAAAGGAAGCACAAGAAAGAUAUAAGCUCAACCCCUAGGUCUCUGGCACGGUUGAGAGCAGCUUGUGAGAGGGCCAAAAGAAACCUCUCUUCCGCUUUUGAAACGGCUAUUGACAUCGACUGUCUGUUUGAGGGAAUCGAUUUCUCUUCAAAAAUCACCCGCUCAUUAUUUGAUAAAUUGAACCUGGAUUUGUUCAAUGAUUGUAUGGAUUUAGUUGAAAAGUGUUUAGAGGAUGCCCGGAUGGAGAAGAGUGAUAUUCAUGAUGUUGUUCUUGUUGGUGGGUCUACCCGAAUCCCAAAGGUUCAGGAGUUGUUAGAAGCCCUUUUUGAGGAAAAGAAGGUCUGCAAAAGUAUAAACCCGGAUGAAGCGGUUGCAUCUGGAGCAGCUUUUCAUGCUGCCAAGCUGACUGGUAUAUGUAUUGGAGUGAAUAAGGAUGUUGUACUUGUAGAUGUUGCUCCUUUAUCUCUUGGUAUUGAGUUAAAAGGUGGUGCCAUGUCUGUUGUGAUCCCAAGGAAUACCCCCAUACCUACGAAGAUCACAAGGAAAGACUACAAAACUUCAAAUGACAACCAAACCCGUUGUCUUUUCUCAGUGUACGAGGGAGAGAUGCCUGUGGCAAAAGACAACAAUUUUCUGGGAGAAUUUUGCCUGACUGGUGUCCCACCUGGUAAUGCUAAAUUCAAUGUCAGUUUUGAGAUUGAUUGUGAUGGCAUAUUGAUUGUGACAGCAGAACUAGUAGGCAGUGACAACUGGAACCAAAUCAUCAUAACUAGUCACAGCGGGAGAUUAUCAAAAGAGGAGAUUGAUCGUAUGAUUGAGGAGGCGGAGGAGUACAAUGCUGAAGAUGAGGAGUUUAAGAAGGCAUCCAUGGCAAAAAAUGAAUUGGAGAAUUACAUUCUCUAUGCAAAAGAUAUUCUGAGAGUCUGUGGAAAGAGGGUGGGAGCGCAAGACAGGAUAGCUCUUAAAGAUGCAGUCAAUCACACUGUUGAAUGGUUAGAGUGGAAUGAACAGCACAGCGAGGCUUUCGAGUUUGAUAACAUGAGAGAGGAGAUGGAGAGCAUUUGCGAGUCUAUAGUAACAAAGAUGAAACCUCAGUAGGGAAGGCAUAUGUCUCUUCAUUAGAUGGUUGAGGCUUAUGAAGCUUGAUAAUGGAAAAUCAUUUAACCUUUUGGUAUUUCAUAAUGCUAAUGUUUUCUUUAUUCAGUGUGCUGAAUGUUGAAACUCGUUUUUGUUUUUUAAUAUCCUUUUUGUAUUGAUCUGAUGCAAUGCAUAAGAGUUGACUGUUUUGUUCAUUCCUGUAACAUCCUACUCUGUGCAUCAAUUUACAGUCUUGCUUAUUAUAUGCCUCAAAGUUUUAGUAUCC